AUGGACAUCCAUAACAUUGAUUUAAAUCUCCCACCAAAUGAAGAAGAUGAUUCUUUUCAUGCUUACAGGGCAUUUGACUUAAACGAGCCACCUACUAAAGAUAAUGAUGUGAACGAAUGGGAUCAACUAUAUGAAGGAGUACAUGAGAAUACUGAUGCCCAGAAGUUAAGAAAUUUGACAAAUGCUGAGCGUAAAGAUAUCUAUAUAGCAUUGCUACAGAGAAGUGUUGAUGGAAAACUUAGAAAAGGAACAACAAGAGCCGUUGCAUUACUAUUUUCUGUUUCGAUGAGCACCGUCCAACGCAUUUGGAAAAGAUCAAAGGAAUCUCCGAAUGGUGAUGUUUCUCAUCGCAGGACAAAGAAUAGUGGCAGAAAGAAAAUUCAGAUUGAUCUUGCUCAAUUCCGUAACAUUCUUUUAACACAGCGAACAACUAUUCGGGGUGCCGCUAAUGCUCUAAAUGUCAGUACAUCAAAAUUACAUCGAUGUCUAAAAGAAGGUGAGAUUCGGCGUCAAACGAAUGAUAUCAAACCUCUACUCAAGGAAGAAAACAAAAAAGCGCGACUCAAAUUUUGUUUAUCAGUGCUUGACAAAGAUAGCCUGCACCAUGAACCGAAAUUUAUAGACAUGGAUAACAUCAUCCACAUUGAUGAAAAAUGGUUCCAUUUGACUAAAAAAUUUGAAACAUAUUAUCUAGUUUUAGAUGAAGAUGUGCCUCAUCGCACGUGCAAAAACAAAAACUUUGUUGGUAAAGUGAUGUUUCUGGCUGCAAUUGCUCGUCCCCGAUUUGAUUCUGAAGGCAACAUAACAUUCUCUGGCAAAGUAGGGAUAUGGCCAUUUGUCACUAAAGAACCAGCUAAAAGAAGAAGCGUGAAGAGGGCAACCGGAACAAUGGAAACAAAGGUGAUGACUUCGGUUGGAAAAAGUGUUAUACGAGAAUUUUUCAUUGGCAAAGUCUUACCAUCGAUUCAAUCUAGGUGGCCAAGUGAAGAUGCUAAUAAAAUUAUUUAUAUCCAACAAGACAAUGCAAGGACGCAUCUUGAUCCUAGUGAUCCUGAGUUCUGUGAAGCAGCCAAACAAUAUGGUUUUGACCUUAGAUUGAUGUGUCAACCUGCUAAUUCUCCUGACUUAAACGUGCUUGAUCAUGGUUUUUUCAGUGCAAUUCAAUCGCUACGGUACAAAGUGUGUGUGAGAACAAUUGAUGAAUUAAUUGAUGCUGUUGAAAAUGCAUAUGAGACAUUCUCACCGGUGCUCUCCAACAAUAUCUUUCUGACAUUACAAUCUUGUAUGCUGGAGAUCAUGAAAACACAAGGAUCCAAUCGAUAUAAACUUUCACACAUGAAGAAAAAUAGGCUUCGAAGACAGGGUGAACUCCCUCGUCAACUUAAAUGUGACCCAAAGCUGAUAGAAGAUGUGAGAAGAAUGUUGGAUUAA